CCCGCCUUCUUGCAAGCAGAGAACACUCGGGUCUCCAUCGUACGGGACCGGCUGCUGCUUCCUUUGAAGCUCUAUCUCUCCGCUCACUCUCUACCAAUCCUUCUUUCUUUCUUUCUUUCUUUUUCUUCUUUUCUUUCUCUCUCUCUCUCUGCUCUUGCGGCCGCUCUCUCUCCACCUCGCCACUCAGAACAGUGUUGUGUAUUGUCGGGGGGGUUUGUGUUGUCAGCUAGAGGAGGGAACAUGCAGCAUCCUGGAGGAACAUGCGUGGCGUUACCCAACGUGGACGCCUGUCCUCCGCUGUCCUGCGCAGCCCUCACCUUCAUGUAUUUACAGCAGGGUAACCAGGACACACCGGCACCCCCGGACCCAUCCAUGGCCCAGGCUUACCCAUCAGCCCAGUUUGCCCCCCCUCCCCAGAACGGCAUUCCAGCUGAGUUCACAGCUUCACACCCCCAUCCACAUCCACACUCCCACCCACAUCCACACCAGCACCCAGCAGCACCACAGGACUACACUGGGGUCCAGGCCUCCAUCAGUGAGCAUCCACUCAACAUGUACCAGUCCUCACAGAGCCACAGCGAGCAGAGCGGGUCAGACUCUGUCAGUCAGACGGUCACCGGCACAGCCACACAGACAGAUGAUGCAGCCCAGACGGACAUUCAGCCACCAACACAGACUGUACCUGAAAGCACAGACAGCAAGGCCCAGCCCAAGAGACUUCAUGUCUCAAACAUCCCCUUCAGGUUUAGAGACCCAGACCUCAGGCAAAUGUUCGGCCAAUUUGGCAAAAUCUUAGACGUGGAAAUCAUCUUCAAUGAGCGUGGUUCCAAGGGUUUUGGGUUCGUAACGUUCGAGCAUAGCGUGGACGCCGACAGGGCCAGAGAGAAAUUACACGGCACCGUGGUAGAAGGCCGUAAAAUAGAGGUCAACAACGCAACAGCCCGAGUAAUGACAAAUAAGAAGACUGUCAACCCAUAUGCAAAUGGCUGGAAGUUAAAUCCAGUGGUCAGCGCUGUCUACAGCCCAGAAUUCUAUGCAGUACCAGGUUUUCCCUACCCAACAGCCAGUGCAGCAGCAGCGUACAGAGGAGCCCACCUAAGAGGCCGAGGACGGACCGUGUACAACACAUUCAGGGCGGCGGCUCCGCCUCCCCACAUUCCAGCUUAUGGAGGUGUUGUUUACCAGGAUGGAUUUUAUGGUGCAGAUAUUUAUGGUGGUUACGCUGCCUACAGAUAUGCCCAGCCUACUGCUGCCACAGCUGCUGCAUACAGUGACAGUUACGGACGAGUAUAUGCUGCCGACCCCUACAACCACACACUCACUCCAGCAGCCACAUACAGCGUUGGUGCCAUGUGGGAGGGACUAAGUUGCAGAGAAUAGAGGGAGGGAAACCUGGACGCAUUAAAGAACGCGUUCACCCCACUGACAGAUGCGAAAACUCGGAGCCAUGCCGACGACGUGGGGCUAGUGCUGUCCUCUCUCCAGGCUAGUAUAUACCGGGGAGGCUACAGCCGCUUUGCACCCUAUUAGCAACACCUCCAACCUAUACUCAACCUUCCAACAGGACAGAAAGAAAGUGUAUGUGCGAGCGAGUGUGUGAGCGAAUGAAAACAACAGAGAGAAUGAGUUAUCCGAGGAGAGACGUUACUGAGGCCUGGGUAUUGCAAUACAUGCAGUUUGUGGAUCAUUUCAGCAUCUCCUAAGAGAGAAGUACAGAAAAACAAAAGAAUACAAUGACAGCUGAUAUUUUUCAUCUUAUACCUCAGAUAUUUUGUGCUGUGUAUUUUGAUAUUGUGGGUUUUUAAUUUCUAAAGAUUUAAACCUAGAUUAUCAGCUGUAGAGGUUUUUCCAUGGUACUAAUAGAGAGCUGCUAGAGUAAUGAUUAGGACACAAAUGAAAUAUUUAUCAGAUUUCAAAUUGUUAGGGCUUGUAUAGAACUCCAACCCUGUAAGAUAGGUCAUAGUCACACUUUGGGGUUUUUAUGUUUUGUAAGAGUGUUAAAGUGACUAUGCUAGUCAGUGUUGUUGUUUUUCUUGUCUCAGCUUCCUUUGGCACUUCCUCUGUCUGUUUAGCAAUGAUAGCUUUUUUUGUUUUCCCUUUGGUUUGGGAGGAAGUAAAGAAGCCGUGGGAAACAUGAAGAUAGUCUCUGAACCUGAAGAGAAGCUGAGAACAGCAAUUAUUGCUAUUCCUCAACAAUCAUCUUGAGAUGUCAACUUUAGUUUUUCUUACCUUGAGAACAAGCUGUUUACUUGUGACUGAAACUUUACUAUUAUAUGUUUAUAGUUAUUUCGCCAAACCAAGAUAAUACUUCUUUCCCAAGACAAAAUCCUAUGUAGUGUCUGCAUAUUCAUGAAAACUGCAUGUAUUGUAGCCCAACUGCAUUGAGUGCAACAUGUGGUUUUCUUGUUUUUGUUUUGUAACAUAUAAAAUAGCAGUGCAUACAAAAAGAAAUACAAUGUUCAUAUAAGUUUGACUUUGUAUCUCAUAAUUACAAAAUCCCAUCUCUGUUUCAAACAUAAGCAUUAUCCACCAAACAUUCAAUGUCUAAAGACAUUCUUUUUGGGUUAAAUCCGAUUGGCCCGUCGUUCAUGUUGUUUAGCCUGGAAAUAGAUGUUGGAAAGUCAACUAUGAUUAGUCUGUCUGGUUUGGUCUGAAUAUAGGAUGGCAACAACUUGGGACCAAGCUGUUUCUAUAGCAGUGCAAUCUAAUGAAACCGCUAGUCGCGUAACUUUGAUAUUUUUUAACCUGAACCCUAUUUUACUAUGUUUUUUUAUGUC